AUGCCGCCCAGUGCCGCCUCAAACCCCGAGCUCGAGCACGGUAUCCCACAUGUAUUACCUGACAGCCGCCCUUUCACUGCCAGUGAUUCCGACACGGCGGAGCCGAUAGAGGACGAGAUCCACGAACUCGCUCGGCGCGUCACAACCCUCUCUGUCACCGGGGGCGGUGCCAUCCUACCCAAGCCAACGGAUGACGUCCUCGACCCUAACAGUCCUGACUUCGACUCUAAGAAAUGGGUAAAGGCCUUCUAUGAUACCCAGAAGCGGGCCCUAGGCGGAAUACCACCGAACUCGGCCGGCUUCGCCUUCAGGAACCUCAACGUCUUCGGCCAAAAGGCCGUGGCGGAGUACCAGAAGACCGUCGCGGAACUCGUCUAUGGGCCGAUGGAGAUUUUGCACCGCCUGUUCGGCUCGACGGUGAGACAGCAGCGCGUGGACAUCCUGCAGGAUCUAGAAGGCGUCAUGGAGAGCGGCGAGAUGCUCUGCGUCCUGGGCCCUCCCGGAUCCGGGUGUUCCACCUUCAUGAAAACCAUCGCCGGUGAGACCUACGGUUUCCAAGUUGCAGAAGGAAGCAUGAUAAAUUUCCAAGGUCUCGGGAGAAAGGACAUCGACACAACCUUCAAGGGGGAGGCCAUCUACACCGCGGAGGUCGACUACCACUUCCCCAGGCUCACCGUUGGCGAGACGCUCUACUUCGCCGCCCGUGCCCGGUGCCCGCAGAACCUGGCAGACCACAAGCACGAAUAUGCCGAGCACCUCCGGGAUGUCGUCAUGGCGAUGCUGGGAAUUUCCCACACCAAAAACACCCUGGUCGGAGACGACUUUAUCCGCGGAGUUAGUGGCGGAGAGCGCAAGCGCGUGAGUAUCGCCGAGGCCAUUCUUAGUUAUUCGCCGUGGCAGUGCUGGGAUAACAGCACUCGGGGUCUGGACUCUGCGAACGCGGUCGAGUUCUGUCGCACUCUGCGGCUGCAGUCCAAGACUUUCGGCAGCAGCGUGUGCGUUGCCAUUUACCAAGCUCCUCAGGAGGCGUAUGAUCUGUUUGAUAAGGUCAUUGUCCUCUAUGAAGGGCGACAAAUUUUCUUCGGAAGGACCUCCGACGCCAAAGCAUAUUUUGAGGGCUUGGGCUUCGAAUGCCCGCCUCAGCAGACCACGCCAGACUUCCUGACCUCUAUGACUAGCCCGUCCGAGAGAAUUGUCAAGCCCGGAUGGAAAGGAAAGACGCCCCCCCGCAGCCCCGAGGAGUUCGCCCGGGCAUGGCACGAGAGUGAGCACCGCCGAGCCCUCAUCUACGACAUUGACAUGUUCGAGGAACGCUUCCCGAUUGGUGGAAGCCAGUCUGAGAAGUUCCAGGUCGCAAGAACUGAGCAAAAAUCCGCGUCGCUGAGCGCCGGCUCGCCAUUCACACUCUCCCUUGCUGGCCAGUUUCUUUUGAACCUGUGGCGGGCCUACCGCCUUCUGAUCGCUGAUCCCUGGUUCUAUGUAACCUUGCUCCUGGCCAACCUCUUCGAAUCACUCGUUGUGUCGAGUAUUUUCUACAACAUGCCCCCUGACAGUUCCAGCAUGUUUCGUCGGAAUCUAAUGAUCUUCUACACCCUCUUGAUCAAUAUCUGGACGGCAGCCCUAGAGGUUCUUACCCUCUAUUCCAGGAGAAAGAUUGUGGAGAAGCAUGUGCGCUACGCGCUAUAUCAUCCUAGCAUGGAGGCCCUGGCGUCUAUUGCGAUGGAUAUCCCCUUCAAACUCGUCAACGCAGUCUGCAUUAACGUCACCCUCUACUUCAUGUGCAAUCUCCGCCGCGAACCGGGGCCUUUCUUCUUCUUCUACCUGCUUUCUUUCACCAUUACAAUCACCAUGUCCUUGUUCUUCCGGUUUCUCGCCUCCGUUACUAAGACGGUAUCCCAAGCCCUGGCGCCAUGUGCAAUUGUCACUCUCGGGCUCAUGAUCUAUGGCGGUUUUGUCGUGCCCCAGAACUACUUGGACGACUGGAUUGGCUGGCUGAGGUGGAUAAACCCACUAUUCUACGUGCAGGAGAGCCUUUCGCUGAACGAGUUCGUCGGGCGCGAGUUCCCCUGCGUCGAAUUCGUACCCAGCGGACCGGGCUAUUCUACUGACUCGGUUCCAUCUGUGGGGCGCGUGUGCUCCGUCGAAGGGUCUGCCGCCGGUCAGAACUUCGUUGACGGAAGUGAGCAUUUGCGGGUAAUGUACGGGUUCAUCAACAGCCACCGCUGGCGAAACUUCGGCAUCCUUAUCGGCAUCACCGUCUUUUUCCUCGCGAUCCAUUUGGCCGCGGUGGAGCUGAUUUCAUCGGAGCGCUCGAAGGGCGAGAUCCUCGUCUUCCCCCGCCGGGUGCUCAAGAUGCGGUCUAGCGGGAGCGAUGACGAGGAGAAGAGGGGGUCCCCAGCCGAUACUAGGAGCCAUGGACAGCACGUUCGAAAUGACGAGCCACAGGGGAUCGGAAGACAAACGUCGGUCUUCCACUGGCAGGACGUCUGCUACGACGUCCAGAUCAAGAAUGAGAAAAGGACAAUCCUAGACCAUGUAGAUGGGUGGGUGAAGCCGGGCACCUUGACAGCACUUAUGGGAGUUUCUGGGGCAGGGAAGACGACACUUCUAGACGUGCUGGCCAGCCGAGUAACGAUGGGGGUUAUUUCAGGGAAGAUGUUAGUUGACGGCCAGCCUCGCGAUGCUUCAUUCCAACGCAAGACAGGAUACGUCACUCAACAAGAUUUGAACCUGCACACUUCCACAGUCCGCGAGGCCUUGCAAUUCAGCGCGCUGCUUCGGCAGCCAGCUCGGUACAGCCGGCGGGAGAAACUCGACUAUGUGAACGAAGUAAUCAAGCUGGUUGACCUUGAAGACUGCGCAGACGCUGUGGUCGGAAAUCUUGGCGAGGGCCUGAAUGUAGAACAACGGAAACGCCUAACUAUCGGAGUCGAGCUAGCGGCACGUCCCGAGCUGUUGCUGUUCCUGGACGAACCGACGUCCGGCCUCGAUAGCCAGACAUCUUGGGCCGUCUGUGACCUCAUGGAGAAGCUGACCAAGAACGGCCAGGCAAUUCUCUGCACAAUCCACCAGCCGUCCGCAGCCCUCUUCCAACGAUUCGACCGCCUCCUCCUACUAGCAAAGGGUGGCCGGACUGUGUAUUUCGGGGAAGUUGGCCACGAUUCGUCUAUUCUCUUGGACUAUUUCGCCCGCAACGGCGCUCCGCAGUUCAAGCGCGGGACCAACCCUGCGGAAUAUAUGCUCGACGUUGUCGGGGCCACCUCUAACUCGAAGGCUGGGCCCAAGAUCGACUGGCCAAGCGUCUGGCGUGAGAGCCCCGAAUAUCAGGAUGUACGACGGGAGCUUGAUCAGCUGUCUCACGUGGGCAAGGCCGGGUCUCCCGCUUCCGAGGAGGCUGCGGCAGAAUUCGCCUCGCCUUUUACGACGCAGCUAGGCCAAGUCACAAAGCGAGUCUUCCAGCAGUACUGGAGAACCCCCAGUUACCUUUUGUCAAAGUUUGUCCUCAGCGCUGGCUCGGCCCUAUUUAUUGGAUUAUCACAAGUAAAUGGCGACGUCACGCAGCGCGGCCUCUUCAACCAGAUGCUCGCGACAUACAUCUUUCUCUUCAUCUUCAGCCAGGUCGUCGAGCAGAUCCUGCCCCUGUUCGUCUCCCAGCGCACCCUCUACGAGGCGCGAGAGAGGCCAGCGAAGGCUUACUCGUGGAUGGUCUUUCUCGCCGGGAAUAUUAUUGUCGAGCUAGCGUGGAACUCGCUCAUGGCGGUCUUCUGCUUCCUUUUCUGGUGGUUCCCUAUGGGGCUUUACCGCAACGCAGAGUGGACGGAUGCUGUCCACUCGCGCGGCAUCACGGCUUUCUUACACCUCUGGGUCUUCUUCGUUUUCACGAGCACGUUCGCGAACGCGCUCAUCGCUGCCAUCGAGACCGAGCAGGUCGCCGGCGCAUGCUUGAACUUCUUCUUCAACGUCAUGUUUGUCUUUGCAGGAGUUCUCGCCGGACCCGAUGAGCUCCCAGGGUUCUGGAUCUUCAUGUACCGCGUCAACCCCUUCACUUACGUGGUAGAGGGCUUCCUCGGUACAGCCCUCGCCAACGCCCCCGUAACCUGCAAGGCGAGCGAACUCGUCCAGUUCGAGGCACCGGGGGGCACGUCAUGCGGGGAGUACGCCGCACCGUACAUACGGGAGAAUGGAGGGUAUCUCGUCGAUGACAAUACUAGCAGCUGCAGCUACUGUGGCACGGCGGAUACUACCUCGUUCUUGACUAGUAUGAACAUGGACUUUGACAAUCGGUGGCGCGACUUUGGAUUCAUGUGGGCGUUUUGCGUGUUCAAUGUCGCUGCGACGAUUGGUCUGUACUGGCUCGUGCGUGUUCCCAAGCGGAGGGCGAGGGAGUGA